AGCCUCAAUCUUCGACUUAAUUUAUCUCACAGAGAAGAAAAGCAAUACAUUAUUUUUCAGGAGAGUACUUUAGUAGAGAAUUAAUAAGAAGAUCAUGGCAGGGGCAGUUAAAUGCAUAGACAUCUUGAUAGCCAUCAUCUUGCCUCCUCUUGGUGUCUUCCUCAGGUUUGGCUGCGGGGUGGAGUUUUGGAUCUGCUUGCUCCUCACCAUCUUAGGCUACAUCCCUGGAAUUAUUUAUGCUGUCUACGCCAUCACCAAGUGAAGAUCCUUGAUCUCGCCAUCUUAAUAUCUCUGUUGCGAGCACCUGCACCGCACCCCCAAAAGCUGUUUCUUUCUCUCUGUUCCUGUAAAGGAUUGUAAAGUAUUUGCGAAAAUAAAGGAUAUAUAUUAUAUAUUAUGACGGUUAAUUUUUUUAAAAUAAAUUUAAUUUGUUGAAAAAAA